AGUUCACAUCCGCUUCUUCAGAAGGCGUUAGUGCGCAAAGACAUCCGUCUUCGGCGAAACAUGUGGCCGCGAGCGUAUGGUAAAAGAUUUAAAGAUUCUCUUUCACGUGAAAUAUACGCGUCCGAAGUAGAAACGUACGCGCGUACAGCAAUUGACGAAAAGAGCUUAUCCUGCGUGAAGUGAAAAUUGUACUCGUCGAAAUGUCUGUGGUAUCCUCAAGAGUCAGCAGCGUGUCGUCUAUCCUGAAAGCCAGCGGAGUUAGGGCGCAGUUCGUUAAACAGCCCAUCAAGUUGUGCAAGCUCCCGAAGGAUGUUAAAGAUAUAUUGUGUAAUUUCACAAAGGGUAAUGGGACUAAGGAGUACGAGAAGUUGAUAUACUCGCUGAAAACAGGCGCUAUAAAGGAUAGCGAUUUAGCAGAAUUUCUAAUGGAGACAACACAAUGUAUAUCUUUGUUAGACAUUAGAUACAAAUUGUUUGUUCAAGCACUUCUUCAAAUUGACUGGCUAAAUAGAGCACCAGAUGUGAUUUUAAAUUAUAAACUCUUUUUAAAAGAUUUAGUAUGUAUGCAGACAGUAUAUACAAAUAUUGUAAUAAAUCGGCUCGUCGAAUUGUUUAAACCAACUAUUUUUGAAGAUAGUAUUACUGGACACAAGAUUGGACAGUUUAAAGAUGAAGAUAUAGAAAAGCUAAAUCACAUACAUGACAUAUUACAUAUAAUUUUGAAAGUAAUGCCAAUGUCAAAUGAGGUCUUACUAGAAUCCCUUAGAUUUCAAUUUCCAUUGUACGUUGUUCAUGGCGCUUAUAUACAUGAAAUUUAUAUAUAUGCAUUAUUAAAAGUUCUAAAUUAUGCACCUCAGUUGAGAUCAGCUAUUUUAGUUCUUAUUAUUGACAGACUAACAAAAUUGGAUGUCAAUAUACCUCGUGAAGAAGCAAGUAGUGAUGAGAAAGACGAUGUAGCAGAUGAUUGUGUCAGCUACAAUGAUGAUGAUAAUCUGAGUAAAAUAAACAAUGACACAGAUAGAAGAAAAACUGUCCAUCCAAUUGCACAUACAUUGGAUUCGUGUAUGGAAUUAUUCUUGAAAUAUAUGGACGAGUUUUGUUUUGUGAAUAAGGUUCUGCAAAUAGAAAACUUAAAGAUACUAUACGAUGAUAUUGUCUACGCAUUUGAAACAAUAAUAUUACGUACGUACGCUAGCCGAUACGUGCAAUACAUCAUGUUCUACAUUUGCAGCUUUAGUCCCAUGAUUACGAAAAAAUUCAUAGAAUGGUUGUGGUUUAAAAUAACCAAUCCCAAUGAACCGGUUCUUCAGCAAACAGCUGUUUGCUAUGUUUCUAGCAUGCACGCUAUUGCCUCAUUUAUCUCUCCUGGGUUGGUACAAAUUAUGAUGUCGAGGUUGGCGCAAUGGAUACACAGAUAUAUCACUUUGCAAGAAAAUUCGGAAUCUAUUGAUGCAAAAUCACACGAUGUAUUUUAUUCCGUUUGCCAAGCGUUCUUUCACUUAUUCGUCGCGAGGCACGAGCAUUUUGUUGUAUCAAAAGAUGGAUUAUCGUUUCUUCAUGAUCUUGAUAUAUCAAGAAUCGUCACUUGUAAAUUAAAUCCCUUGAAGAUGUGCGACACCAAGAUCGUUUGCGCUUUCGCCGAUAUUACAUUCACGUAUCAGUUAGCGUACUGCCAUACUGUAAUUGAGAACAACAAACGCAAUCAGUUACCCACUUUCGGAAUAAGAACUCGCUUGGCCAUUUCGGUUCCUCAUUUUUUCCCGUUCGAAUCUUAUACGUUAGAGUAUAGUGGACAAAAAAUAACUCCUUUAUUUCGUAAUAAUUAACUGUCGAUACAAUAUGAAUAAAGAAAAAGAAUAUAUAAUUUAUAUAAAUAAAUUAUGAAGUUACGUUUUACAUCAGCAUAUGCAGGUACAUCUUUUUUAAUUCUCUCAACUAUUUACUGUAUUUACAGUGAUUGAAAAACGCAAAUUAACAAACAAACAAAGAAAGUUUAUGUCAGAAUAUUAAUUAGAAAAGAAUAAGUUUCGCUCGAAAAGAAUUUAUUGAAAAGAUAAGCUUUUGCACAAUGCAUUUAUCUAGACAUCCAUUUUAGACAAAUCGAGCUUAAAAGUCAAUCCAAAUAAACAGUGCAAAACAGUGUAAUGUAAAUGCAUCAAAAAUUCUUUAUGUAUUAAACUAAUCGAUUGAUCUUUUCGUUCA